AAGGGGGGCACCCGCAGGCCGGCCCGCCCGGGCACGCUCCGCGGGGCUGCCCCCUGCGGUGGCCAAAUGGCUGCUGCUGCGGCGCCGCUCCGCGCGCGACGCGCCGUGCGCGCCACGGGCACGCCACGGUGCUGAGGCCACUGGUGCCAUCGCCCGCCAUGCAGGCUUGGCGCAGCGGACGCGGCGCAGAACGGGAGGCACCCACGAGCGACCAAGCGGCGCUCGGGUGGGGGCCGAUCGUGCCAGUGCCGCAGUGGCCGCCGCCCAUGGCGCCGUCCCCGACGGCGGCCGGGCCGUCGGCGCCUCCGAAGGCGAGACCCGCUACAGCGCGCCGGAGGACGGUCGUGGUGCCUGCGAGGCCGCUUCUGCCCGAGGCGGUGGACAUCUCGCAGCUCCCCACGGAAUGGGUGUGCCAGGAUGUCGAGGAGCUUUGUCGUGUGUACGGCUUUCUGAAGCAGGUCACGUGCUCAGGUCCAGGGCGAUUUCGCGUCGCUUUCCAGCUUGCGGAGAGUGCCACGAAGGCCGCGCAGGCCCUGAACAACCUGAAAGUCCCAUACAAGGACGGCAGG